AUGAUUAGUACAUUAGAAAUAUUACCAAGUGAACUAAUUGUUAAUAUAUUUUCUUAUAUAUUAUGGAACGAUAUUUUAGUAUCCUUUUGGUCAUUAAACCAACGAAUUAAUUCACUUAUCUGUUUAACUUUUUCAACAAAUAAAAAUGGAAUUAUUAUUAACCAAACAGGUUUAUCUUAUAAAAUAUUUUUAUCAAAAUUAUUUCCAUUGAUUUUUAAUUGUUCAUUUCUGAUUAAUUCUAUUCGACAUAUUCAUUUGGAUGGAACAAAUUCAAAUAGUUAUGAUUUUUUCAAUAUGAAUGGAUAUAUUAACUAUCCGAAUCUAAAGUCACUUAUUCUUAAUCGAUUUUAUUUAUCUGAAUCAUUGGUUGAAAAUUUGUAUUUUCUUAUUGAACGUCGAUUGAAAGAACUUACAUUGAUCUUAGAUGAAGAUAUUUUUACAGUAUUUGGAUUCGAAGAAAAACCUUGGAUAAUGGUUUCUAGUCAAGAUUCAGAUUCUGACGAAACGUUAUCCGACGAAAAUCAAAGUACAAUCAUUUCUGAUGAACUUGAAAGUAGCGGUUCUGAAGAUACUGAUUCAUUAAUUGAAGAAUUCAAUCAAAGUUCUAUGGAUGAUUGA